CUUGUUUUCCCGAGGUCAUUGCCCCCUGUGGCUCCGGAGUGAAUGUUGUGAGGAGAGAGACGGAGGAGGAGAGAGACGGAGUUUGUUGAUCAGGGAGCGGAGUUCCCGCCAGCCUACUUGGGUUCUAGAAUAGUCUCCUCCCGCCAGAGAUGGUCAUGAAGCAAUGUCCGGCAUGUGCUCAACAGAUCCCAGUAGCCUGUAAAAGCUGUCCCUGCGGCCACCUCUUCAUGAGUAAGCGACCUUUGAACCCCAAGCCCCUGUCGGCAGCCUCAGACGUGAGUCAUGAGGACAGCAGGGAGGGAGAGGAACAGGUUGUGUUGUUGUUGUUGUUGUUUACAGACGUGAGUCAUGAGGACAGCAGGGAGGGAGAGGAACAGGUUGUGUUGUUGUUGUUAUUGUUGUUGUUGUUUACAGAUGUGAGUCAUGAGGACAGCAGGGAUGGAGAAGAACAGGUUGUGUUGCUGUUGUUGUUAUUGUUGUUGUUUACAGACGUGAGUCAUGAUGACAGCAGGGAUGGAGAGGAACAGGUUGUGUUGUUGUUGUUGUUGUUUACAGACGUGAGUCAUGAGGACAGCAGGGAGGGAGAGGAACAGGUUGUGUUGUUGUUGUUAUUGUUGUUGUUGUUUACAGACGUGAGUCAUGAGGACAGCAGGGAGGGAGAGGAACAUUUUCUUGUCAAUCGAGAGGGUGUCAUAGCAACGCACACCAUCCGUCAUAUUGGUGCACACCAACAAAGGGUGGCGCUAGAAGCGGACCGUGAUGACACCAACAGUAACUUCAGCGAGGCGAGCGGCGCGUCUGCGUCAGCUGACCAGGGGGAGGGUGCCCCCAGGAAGAAACGGCCGGGAAGGCCGAAAGGCACGGUCAGCAAAAACAAGGAGGGGAACAGCGCUGAGAAAGAGAAGAAUGCAGAAGAAGAGAUGUUCAACAACCUGACGUUAGAACAGAAACUGCUGUACUCCAUAGCUCUGGCGGACAUUAACCACAAGCUCAGAGGGCAACGUUUCAAAAUACCAGAUUAAAAACCACAAACUCAGAGGGCAACGCUUCAAAAUACCAGACUAAAAACCAAAAACUCAGAGGACAACGUUUCAAAAUACCAGACUAAAAACCAGAAACUCAGAGGACAACGUUUCAAAAUACCACACUGAAAAACAGCAAAUUCGAAAUUCAGAGGGCCGCACUACAAAACACCAGACUGAAAACUGCAAAUUCAGAGGACAACGUUUCAAAAUACCAGACUAAGAACAAAACUCACUCAGAGGGCAGCACUUCAAAUAUCUGACUAAAAACCACAAAAUCAGAGGACAGCAAAAAUACCAGAUUAAAAACCACAAACUCAGAGGACAACGUUUCAAAAUACCAGACUGAAAAACAGCAAAUUCGAAAUUCAGAGGGCAACGUUUCAAAAUACCAGACUGAAAACUACAAACUCAGAGGACAACGCUUCAAAAUUCCAGACUGAAAACUACAAAAGAAGCACAGAGGGCAACGUUUCAAAAUUCCAGACUGAAAACUACAAAUUCAGAGGACAACGCUUCAAAAUUCCAGACUGAAAACUACAAAUUCAGAGGACAACGCUUCAAAAUACCAGACUAAAAACCACAAACUCAGAGUGAAGUGACUGUUGAAGUCAAUGUGUAUAAUGGAAGGUUAGAAACAGAGUCUUGAGUUGUAUGAAAGCUGCAGCAGUUGGUUCUCUGUAAUAGUUCCAUCAUAAUCUUGUAGUGCCUUCAGAUCUUUGCUGCUAGUAUCCAGAUAUCAGUGUGUUGGGAAGCCUGGAGUCUGGUGUAACAUUGACAUGUUUCCUCCUGAUGGUUUUUAGCAUAGAACUGACCAGACCGGCCUUGUUCCAGCAUCUUCAGGAUGGUUUUGUAAAAUAGCAUUCAAAAUCUGAUGUUUCGGUGUAAAGGUCUGACAUUGGUUACAUUCUGCCUUCAUUGAUACUUGUGAUGUAAAUAGAGAAGUUCCUAGCAAGUAUUUUCACCAGUUGUGCCACUUUGAGACAUCCAUCCUGUACAUUUGAAGUCAUUUCCUGCAAUAGAACUCUGCCACCUGGUGCAGAGUAAGAUGGAUAAGACUACAUGUAGUAACCAGGAAAACACUGUAUUAUACAAAGUAAAGCUUGAUGGCCUUUCCAAGUGCACUUGUCAGGAAUAUUAGAUUAUACUUCUUGGUAGGGCAAGUGCUAAAAGAAUUGGAUAUGAACAAAAUGACGUAAAUUUGAUGUAAAAAUACAGCUCUAUAUUGAUAAACAAAUUUGAUGUUAUUAUUAUUGUCAGCACAGAAGACUGGACUUAUGUAUAGGAGUAGCUUUUUGUGUUAGAUACUGGAGUUAUGUAUAGGGGUAGAUUUUUGUGUUAGAUAGUGUCAAGAAUUGAUACUUGUCAUGGCUGUUGGGCUGUCACCCACUUUGCAUUUUUCCCAUCCGUCUCAUUGUUUGGGAUGCCAAGUUGUUUAAUUUUCAUCGUAAAUUUGUCAUUUUAAGGUUACAAAAAAUAUUGUCAUCAAUGUCAUGUCAUGGAGUUCUGAUUCUUAACGGACAAAACGGUGACAUUUUUUGUCCAUCCCAAAAGCCAGUGUCUGUCCUGGGCCGGAUGUAGGGACAGGUCCUGGAGACAGCCCUGCCUGUGCUCCUUUCUGUGCUACAAACAUGGCUCUACUCUUACACAUCAUGUCUGUGAAGUUAGUUUAUGACACUACUGAUGCAAAAUAAACUUCAUGUUGAAGCAUUGUCA